GGAAGAUUUAGGGACAUGAAACUUGCUAGCACUAUUGGAUACUAGAGGGAGUUUUGCCUACUCGAAGUUACAGAGCAUAGAGUUUAACCUGGUCGAACAGAUGGUUUUACUGUGGCUGUACUUGCUGGUGUCUGGGCUGUCUGUUGUCCACACAUGGCCAGUUGAUGAUGGGAUGAUGGGCCAAAUGGACGAGGACAGAGAUGGACGACUGAACUACGAGGAACUGAUGUCAUAUGUUAUGGCCUACGACCAAGAUGGCAGCAGUGGCUUAUCCCAGGACGAGUACCAGUCCAUGACGAGGGCGAGGGCCCCAAGUUUGCUCGGCUACUCGGGUCUGUUGUUCAACCUGUUUGACGCCAACAGAGACGAGAUACUGGACCAAGUGGACAUGCUGGGCCUGUUCAACACCAUGGACUCGGACAGUGAUUCGCUGGUCAACAGGAUAGAGAUGAUCAGGUUUGCAUCGGAUGUCUUAAGAAAACUGACCAGUCAUCGCUAGCUGUACACUUGACGCCUGGGUUAUAGGAAGUUUCA